GGGGUGAUCCUAAAGGAGAGGUUGUUUGAAUGUAUUUAAAUUUUAAAUUAAGAUUUUUCGGCAUAAAAUUAAAGAAAGAAGCUAAUAAAGAAUCCAAGAUAGAAAAAUUCAAAAGAAAAAUGAAACUAAUGAGAAGGGAAAAAUUUAAAAAUAGAGAUAAACGAGAAGAAAAAAGUUUAAAAAUUUUUAAAAAUAUUGACGAGAAGAAGCUUGAAAAAUAUCCGAAUGUAAAGCAACUUUUGGAAAUUGAAAGAUUUUAUGAUAAAGUGGAGCGUUGUAAUAGGUUUAUUAAAUUGAAGGAAGAACAGUUAAACAGGUGGUUAAUUAUAGAAAAAAAUGAGAAUAAAAAUCAGAAUAAUAAUUAUAAAAUUUCAGCUUAUUGAAAAAAUUCGGAUUGCCUGUAAAUUUAGCAACAGAAUUAGUACAACCAGAUCCCCUACUUAAUACCGU